AUGGCUUAUUAUUAUCCGACAGAAGACACGAUUACACAGCUUAUACAAGGAGCUACUACAUUUGCAGAUAACACAAACUCUAUACAAUAUCCGACGAAUGAUGUUUCAUCCACACAAGAAACGAUGGAGUUUAUCACUAAAAUAAGUGAAGGCGAGAAAGUAAACGAGGUAGACAAUACCAUGGGUCCAAUACUUAGUCAAUCAGACAACGCACAACCCGAGGAAUCUCAACUGUAUCAAGAAGUCCCACAAGAGAUCUCGUAUACACCCAUCGAGUACCCUUGGGAGAGUAAUAACGUAUUAGACUCAUUGAAUGAAGGCAAUAUACGCAAAUCGCUGACUGAAUACGAAGAAGUAUCAAGCUUGGUAUACCCUUCUUUGGGUAGUAUUGAACCUGAAGUAGGUGACCAAAAUCAGAAUUGGGCCUCAAAUACGGCAGAGCAGGAUACGUAUUAUCAGUCUUUCCCGCUCAAUAAUGCCGUCGAUACAAACACGGAUACUGAACCAGACAAUUCAUAUCAAUAUGAAGAGGAUGUUUAUGAAAUGCAGGCAGUUCAAAAUAGUUACUCUGAAAACACCAUUUUAAGUCAUGUAUCAUCCAUUAUCCCAAGUAUAUUAUCGUAUGACAGUACCAUAAAAUAUACGCCGGCAGAUAAUACUUUUACCCAACCCCAGUCUCAACCUCAACCUCUUCCGACAGAAAAAGUAGCAGCUGCUGCAAUACCAAUGAAACCAACAGCAGAAGAAGCAGUACAGCCGAAAGAAAUACCACAAAGGAAACCUGAAUCGCCUAUCAACAAAGAGUCUAAUAAUAUACAAUCACCCGCGCAGGAUCCUACAAAGAAUAAUAUCCCACCUCCUCGUCCACAACGUAAACCACUUACCACAGCCGAAAAUUCUUUACCACAGCCUGAUAAUAUACCACCUCCCGCGGCUGCGGCUCAGCAGCCGGAAGGGCACUAUCCUAUAAGCUUACCACCCGGAAGUGAUCUUGGCGCCCUGGGUCAAAUAGGCAUUUUUGAGUCUUCUUCACCUUCGCCCUCAGAAGGACUCCAGUCAAUCUUGUUUUGGGUCUGCAUUCUUAGUUUAUUCUUUACAUUAAAUAAUAAUGGAAGACACGGAAACUAA